UGGGUAAUCCGACUCCAGACAGAAGGGAGGCGAAGGCAGCCGAGGGAGGCAAGGGGGCUGACAUUGCCGCCCGCCUCGUCCGGCCCGAUCUCAGCGACCGCCAGACAUGGAGUCACGGCAGAGCCGGACAUCCGUCGUCGCCGCUCCUGCCCUUUGGCGGUGAUCCGCCGUGGCCUGCGCGGCCCCUCCCCUUGUCCGCGGCCGCCUGUGGGGCCUUCGCGGCCCUCCUCACACCCGCCCGGCAGCGGCCACCGGGAAAUGGUCGGGGUGUAGCCAAACAUCUAGCGGAGAUGUACCCAAGUUGAGAGAGACAUUACAACAGACAGGGUUGAAUACAGAGUGGCAAGGAAUUAAUGAGAUGUAUCUUAAGAAGUGGUUUGUGGCUGGCAUGCAACAUGAACCGUGAAGACCGGAAUGCGCUGCGUAUUAAAGAGAGAGAGAGACGUAAUCAAGAAAUUCAACAGGGUGAAGAAGCCUUUCCACCUAACUCUCCUCUCUUUGCUGAACCAUACAAAGUUACCAGCAAAGAAGAUAAAUUGUCUAGCCGUAUCCAAAGCAUGCUUGGAAACUAUGAUGAAAUGGAUGAUCUUAUAGGUGACCGGUCUCUCCAAAAGCUUGUUGGGUUUCCCAAACCAACAGUACCAUCAACAACAGAUGAAAAAUCAACCCAAAAUUUUUUUGGUGAACAGAGACAUAGUACUGGCUCUCAUCAGAGCAGCAAAUGGACGCCUGUAGGUCCAGCGCCUAGCACUUCUUCCCAGUCACAGAAGCGUUCUUCAGGUUUACAGAGUGGACAUGGCAGCCAGCGCAACAGUGGCAGUAGCACUAGCAGUAGUGGGCAGAGACAUGACCGUGAUUCAUAUAGUGGUAGUGGGAGCACCAGUAGCCGAAAAAAAACCCAGCAUGGAUCAGAACACUCAAAGUCUCGUUCUUCCAGCCCUGGCAAACCAUCUACUGUUUCUUCUGUGAACCCCAGCCAUUCCAGAUCUCAUGGAAAUGAUCACCACAGCAAGGAGCAUCAACGUUCUAAAUCUCCACGAGACCCAGACGCCAACUGGGACUCGCCAUCCCGUGUACCUUCAUUUUCUAGUGGCCAGCAUUCUAGCCAGUCUUUCCCUCCUUCACUUAUGUCUAAGUCUAACACAAUGUUGCAGAAGCCCACUGCCUAUGUAAGGCCCAUGGAUGGUCAGGAGUCCAUGGAACCAAAGCUUUCUUCUGAACACUACAGUAGCCAGACUCACAGCAACAAUAUGAAUGAACUGAAACCUAGUAGCAAAGCACAUUUAACAAAGCUGAAAAUUCCCUCUCAGCCUCUUGAUGCAUCAGCAUCUGGUGACAUGAGCAGUGUGGAUGAAAUUCUGAAAGAGAUGACCCAUAUUUGGCCACCUCCAUUGACAGCUAUUCACACGCCUUGCAAAACUGAACCUUCAAAAUUUCCAUUCCCAACCAAGGAAACUCAGCAGUCUAAUUUUGGCACUGGAGAACAAAAAAGAUACAAUCCUUCUUCAAAAGCAUCUAAUAGCCAUCAGUCUAAAUCAUGUGAAUCAAACCAGACAGAUGUGCUGAUAAAUGAUCUAACAGUUACCAGUAGUGAAGACAGUGAUGGUGAGCAGGAUUCAGAUAAGACGGUCCCAAGAGGUACACCUGGGAGUAAUUCUGAGCCAUCUCAGCAUACAAGCGAAGGGGCAGAUAAUUCCAGGGAUGAUUCAAGCAGUCACAGUGGAUCUGAGAGCAGUUCUGGUUCAGACUCUGAAAGUGAAAGUAGUUCUAGUGACAGUGAGGCCAAUGAGCCAUCACAGAAUGCAACUCCAGAGCCUGAGCCACCUCCAGCAAAUAGGUGGCAGCUUGACAACUGGCUGAACAAAGUGAAUCCACAUAAAGUAUCACCAGCUUCUUCUGUGGACAGUAAUAUCCCUUCAACACAAAGCUACAAAAAAGAGGGCAGAGAUCAGAGUUCAGGGAGUGGAUAUGCAGAUCAAAGUGGAUCUAAAGAUUCAGUUUCUUCUACUCCUGGAAGAGAUUCUAAAGCUACCCAGAAAGGGUCAGAGAGCAGUCGUGGUAGACAGAAAUCACCUGCUCAGAGUGAAAGCAUCCAAAGGAGGACUGUAGGUAAAAAACAGCCCAAAAAGGCAGACAAACCAUCUGUGGAAGAACCUCCUAGAGGGGGGCUGAAAAUAGAAAGUGAAACCCCUUUGGACAUGGCAACAAAUAUACCUUCUAACAGACAUAAGGCAGCCACUAAAGGCUCCAGAAAGCCCAAUAUAAAGAAGGAACCCAAAUCCUCCCCUCGGCCUACAACAGAGAAAAAGAAAUGCAAGGUUGCAGGCAAAUCCUCCCAGAAAUCCAAGGAAUUCAUAGAAACUAGUACCUCAUCUUCUGAUUCUGAUGAGAAUGAGAGCCUGCCUCCUUCUUCACAAACCCCCAAAUACUCUGAGAGCAAUAGGACUCCUGUUAAGCCCUCCAUAGAGGAGGAUGACAACUUUUUACGGCAAAGAAUGUUCUCUCCUAUGGAAGAGAAGGAACUCCUUUCCCCACUCAGUGAUCCUGAUGAAAGGUAUCCCCUUAUUGUGAAGAUUGACUUGAGCCUCUUAACCAGAAUACCAGGGAAGCCUUACAAAGAUACAGACCCAUCAAAAGCUGAAAGGAAAAAUGUGUCUGAGAAGCAUCCAAGGGAGCCUCAGAAAACAUCCUCUGAGAAAACUUCCACCAAGGGCAAGAGGAAGCAUAAGAAUGCAGAAGAAAAUCGAGCCAUUGAAAGCAAGAAAACAAAGCUGGAUGAAAAACCCUCAUCCGUACACAAGACUUCUAGUAACAGAGAGUCAUCAAAGCAAAGUGCUGUUAAAGAGAAAGAUCUUCUCCCUUCUCCUUGCACCACCCCAGCCAUCCAAAAAGAUUCCAAGCAAGAGCAUGUCUCAAGGAAGAGAACCAUCAGUCAGUCUUCUUCCUUGAAAUCAAGCAGUAACAACAACAAGGAAGGCAGUAGCAGUAAAAGUAGCUCAUCAAAACAAAAGAAGACUGAAGGGAAAUCUUCUAGUAAUUCUAAGGAAACAAAAGAAAAGGUUUUAAAUAAUUCUUCAAACUGCUCUUCUGCCUCCGCUACGACUGCAGAUAGCUCAAAAUCCCGGAGGCCAAAACUACUAUUUGAUGACAGGACUUACUCUGCAGAUCAUUACUUACAAGAAGCAAAGAAGUUAAAGCACAAUGCUGAUGCAUUGUCUGACAGGUUUGAGAAAGCUGUGUACUACCUUGAUGCUGUAGUGUCAUUCAUUGAAUGUGGGAAUGCAUUGGAGAAGAAUGCUCAGGAGUCAAAGUCCCCAUUCCCUAUGUAUUCUGAAACAGUGGAGUUGAUCAAGUACACUAUGAAAUUGAAGAAUUACUCGGCACCAGAUGCUACUGCUGCUGACAAAAGACUAGCAGUACUGUGUCUUAGAUGUCAGUCCUUGUUAUAUUUAAGACUUUUCAAGCUGAAGAAGGAAAGUGCAUUGAAGUAUUCCAAGACACUAACUGAACAUCUAAAGAAUUCUUAUAAUAAUUCUCAAGCUCCAUCACCUGGUAUGGGAAGCAAACCAGGGAGCAUGCCGUCUCCAGUCUCUCCGAAAUUGUCUCCGGGGAAUUCUGGAAGCUACUCUUCAGGGUCAACGAACCCUUCAGGGAGCACUUCUUCAGUGACUAUUCCACAGAGAAUCCACCAGAUGGCAGCCAGCUAUGUCCAGGUUACUUCUAAUUUUCUGUAUGCCACUGAAAUUUGGGACCAAGCAGAUCAGCUUGCCAGAGAGCAAAAGGAAUUCUUCGCAGAGCUGGAUAAAGUUAUGGGCCCUUUGAUCUUUAAUGCAAGUCUCAUGACAGAGCUAGUACGUUACACCAGACAGGGACUACAUUGGUUGCGUUCAGAUGCCAAGUGAUACCUGGACUGCAGAAAUCUUAAACAUAGAAGAUACUUUUCUUGCUGCCUCUGAUUUUUUUUCAACACUGUGUCAUAACAAUAAGGAAGACUGCCAUAAUGCAUUGCUUAGUGGAAAACAAGAUUAAGGAAUGCUUUCAUAUGUCUCCCAGCAUCAUGUGUGUGAGAACUCGAAUCAUGUCAAUAUGAACUUUUUUCCAGUGGUCCCCUUUUAAAGAUAUUUAAAAUAUUUUAAC